AUGCAGGACGCCUGGAAUGCCCGAAAAGCUGAGGAGAUCCAAGGAUACGCCGACCGCAACGAAUGGAAGAACUUCUCUGCGAUCAAAGCUGUCUACGGUCCGCUGACGAAGGGCACUGCUCCUCUCCUCAGCGCCGAUGGACGUACCCUCCUGACCAAGAAGACACAAAUUCUACAGCAGUGGGCCGAGCAUUUUCGAGGCGUGCUCAACCGCCCCUCCGCCAUCUCCGACGCCGUCAUCGCCCGCUUGCCGCAAGUGGCGACCAACGUGGACCUUGACCUCCCGCCAUCUCUCCAGGAACCCAUCAGGGCCGUGCAGCAGCUCUCCAGCGGAUCGGACGCAAUCCCUGCCGAGGUCUACAAGCACGGAGGUCCCCAACUCAUGGAUCACCUGACUGAGCUCUUCCAGGAGAUGUGGCGUCAAGGUGAAGUCCCGCAAGAUUUCAAAGACGCCACCAUCGUGCACCUAUACAAGCGAAAAUGGAACCGCCAAGUCUGCGACAAUCACCGCGGCAUCUCCUUGCUGAACAUCGUCGGGAAGAUCUUCGCUCGCAUCCUCCUCAACCGCCUCAAUAACCAUCAGGAACAGGGCCUUCUGCCGAAAAGCCAGUGCGGCUUCCGCCGUCAUCGCGGGACCACGGAUAUGAUCUUCGCCGCCCGUCAACUUCCGAAGAAGUGCCAGGAAAUGCAGGCCCAUCUGUAUUCUAUCUUCGUGGAUCUGACGAAAGCCUUCGACACGGCAUCGCAUGGGUCUAUUCGGCCACAUGCGCAUUCACGAGAGCGGAAUUGGCCGCAAUACCGACUCAUCCAUCAUGCCGAACCCCACCUCCACUUCAUCAUCCUGCGUCCCCACCGCCCUUCCCGCAGCUAA